UAUCGAAACAAAUUACAAUGUGCGUGUGAUUGUGUGUUUAGUUCUGUUUUACAAUACAGAAAGAAGAAAAAAAAAUAAAUUUGUUUUAUCGCAAAACGUUUUUCUUGCUGCUUUUGUUAUUUUAAUUUAAUAUUUCUUAAAUUCUUGAACAAAACAACAAUAUUUCCUUGUGUUGUCUUGUCUGGCUCAGUCAAGUCAUGGCACACACGUUAUAGAAAACAGAAAAUUUUGCUCAGAGGAAAAUCUUUGUCCCCCUCUCAAUGUUUAUAACAAAACAAAAAAAUAAAUAAAAUGUGGAAAAAGAAAAAUUAAGCAAGCAAGAAAAUCAAACGUAAAUAUGGAAAAAAAUAAUAAUAAAUAAAUAAGUUUGACAGAUAAAAUUUGUCAAUUAUUUUAUUGUUGUGUUGUUUUUUGUUGUUAAUAUUUUGCUGGUGAUUCAUAACUGGAUUUGCGUGUGUCCAUUGUUCGGAGCUGUUUGUAUAAAAUAUCAAUAAAUUCAUGUUCAAUAAUUAGUGAAAAAUGUAUGUGUGUAAUCUUUAAAAGAAAACAUUUCUAAAAACGCACAAAAAGUUAACAUAUGUUUGUUGUUAUUCAAAAUAAAUUAAUCAUCAUACCCAACAUUCCGUAACAACAACCAGACAAAAUUAGUGAAACCAGCCAAAAAUCAUCUCACGGAUUUUUCUACUUAUAUGUUUGCAGAAAUAAAAUGAAAACUGCUAAAAUAUUUUUCAGAAAAAAAUCAAAAAUGGGUUUGAGAGCUAAAACCACUACAGCAGCUGUGAAUAGUAGCGGCGGUGGCGGCUCCAAGCAUACAGCAGCCACAAAUAAUUGUAAAUUCUUAAAUGGCGGCAAAAAACUUAAUAAAAAUCUAAUUGUACACCAACCGCAAUCGCCCACAAAACAAACAGCUGCUACUCCUGCCACCACGGCGGCACUGUUAACAAAAGUGGUGUCGCCCUGCUUGAAUUGCAAAACGGCGGUGGCGGAAACCACCUGCUGCAGCAUAACCAGCAUACGUACCACCUAUCGCAGUAGUUCCACAUCUGCUUUAUUGACCACAGCGGCCGCAUCAUCAUCGUCCUCAUCAUCACCUUUAUCAUCCAGUAUGCGUCCCCAAACCCUAAAUGUUCACAAUCAUCUUGAAACACCAACGGAUCAUACACAAUUAUAUUUGGGUGAGGUGUUAGCUGCCUGGCGUGCCAAAGCGAGAUGCAAUGUGGUACCAGCCGAACGCACACAAGAACUAUUUCAGGAGCUAAGUUUUCAUCCAAAUGACAAGCAAAUAAGCGAUAUGUUGCAAACAGCAAAAAUGUUGGCCCGCAAAGGCAGCCGACAAUCAAAUGGUUUAACUUUUGGCGAAUUUUGUGUUUUAGCAGCUGACCUCAAAAGAUUUCGUAGCACAUCUUCGUUUGGCUCCACAUCGCCUGGCUACUGUGACAAACCUAAUUUACUGGGCUCUCUACACAAUGAUGAUAAUAAUGCUGUGGCUGAUAAUAAUGACAAAGAUAACACAGCAACACCCACAAAUAAACAUGAUGCCAGCACCCAUACAAAUACAAAUUGCAGCUUUCCGGGAAGUGAGCUGCGCAGUACAAAAUCUUUAAGUAACGUGGAAGACUGCAAAAGAUUGGGCAAACAAAAAACCAGCGAACCCAGCACCUCCUCCACACCCGUUGAAGUAUUUCUGGGUGGCAGUUGUAAUCCCACUACCUGGCGAGCUGAUGUAGCCAUACCUGCUUUACAAGAACUAGGCAUUUCCUUUUAUAAUCCGCAAGUUUCCGAUUGGACGCCAGAUCUCAUUGAAUUGGAGCAUCGUGCCAAGGAGAAGGCCCGGGUAUUAUUUUUCGUUAUGGAUUCAGAAACACGCGCGUCUGCUGGUGCCAUUGAGGCGGCACAUAUAGCGGGUCAAAACUGCAAGCAGCUGGUGCUGGUGCUGCAUCCGUAUAGACCGAAUCAGAGCAUACUCAAUGAGCGUAUAUCACAGCAAGAGUAUAUUGACUUGACACGCAAUCAACAGAUUUUACGCGAAUUGGUUACGCGCCGUGGUUUGCCCGUGCUCAGUAAUAUACCUUCGGGUCUCCAGCGUACUAAGGAAAUUUUAGCCGGUUUUAGGGAUCCUCCAUCGAAUAUAGCUUCAAUAUUAGUUGUAAUACGUGGUGCUUUUGAUCGUGUCAAUCCCAUAUACGAUCUGAUCACUGUUGAACAGUGUCAACAAGCUCUCUUAUAUUUGGGCUAUGCUCAAAGUCUUGUUAACAUGGACAAUUUAAAUAAAAUCAUUGCGGCUCAACGGGAAGCUCUACAAGUUUUAAACAACAAUGACAACAACAGCAGCAUUAACAAACAUAGUACAAACUCUCAAAAACAAAACAACACCAACCAAACAUUGUGUGCUCAACAACAACAAAAUCCUAAAAAUAAUAAUAGCUCUCAACUAGAUCAUCUGGAUUUCAAUCUAUUCUGUGUUAUAUCGGCCUAUUUAUCGGUGCUGCAGCAAGAGAUACAUGAAAGUGGCUGCAUUUCACCCAUAAAGGGCACCAAUGUACCACCACCGCCAGUGUAUUUAGCUAAUUUGCAAGGUGAGGACUCUUUCGCCAUUAGCUAUUUUAGCAAGAAUAUUUCACGCACUUCCAGCAAUACCAGUGUGCCCAGCAGUGAAGAGCGUGCCCUUAAUUUGAAUGAUCUUUUAACGCGCAAUCGUGACAGUGGCACCUCCUCGCCCCAACCCAUAGAGCCUUUGCGCUCGCGUUCACAAGCUCAAUUAGGUAAUGCAAAACAACAUGUUCUACUGAAUGUGGAAACUAUUGAAACCACUGAAGUAACCACUACUCAAACUCUACAACCUCAAACUUCGGCUUUCACAGCUCACUCGCCGCUCAACAUCGACAACACUUCACAUGCUGCCGCCCCGGAGGAGGAAAGUGAUUCCAAUGAUUCGGUUUUCUCUAGCAGUAGCUCUAUAAAUUCCAUCAACUGUUGUGAUCCCUCUUUGGGCUAUACCAUGCCCGAUUUCCGUGAAGUCUAUUUGGGAGGCAGUUGUGUGUUGCGCACCAAAUGGCGUCAAGAGCUGGCCAUACCCUAUCUGAAGGCCAAAGGGAUUUCCUAUCAUAUGCCCUCUCUACAUGAAACCAUUAAUCCUAGUCAAUUGGAUUUACCCGACAACAAAUUGCAGCAGCAGCAACAACAGCAGCAGGAGGACGAUGACAAUGCUGGUCCAUCAUCAUCAUCUGCAUCGUCAGCCAGUUGGAGAGUGCGCCGAGCAACGCCCACAGCAACGGCAGCUAAUUUUAUGCGUACACGACGAAAAUGUCGCACCAAUAGCGGCACUAAGACGGCCGAAGAAGUCGAGGAGGUGACAAUUGCUGAGGAAUCUCUUAGUUGGACUUUGUCGCCCGUACGUACGAAUCUCUUCAAUCCCUCAAUUUUGGACUCCAGCCGAGUACUGCUGUUUGUGAUCACUAACGAAACACGCUCUCUCGCUCCCAUGACACUGGCAGCCCACUGCAUUGGCCUGAUGUACAAUGUGGUGUUGGCUGUGCAAAUGUUACCCAAUGACUGUGUUAUUGGUAAUGAAAAGCUCACUUCAACCGCCAUUAAGGACUAUAAUCGUGGUCGUUCCUAUUUGAUUGAUUUAGCCAAACGCCAGGGUGUACCCGUUUUCAAUGAUAUUAAGGCAGCUCUAGAGUGUACCGUUGAAAAGAUACAAUCCUACAAUUCCAGACGUUAUGAAUAAUUAAAAAUACAUAAUGAAACUGCAGGGCAGUGUCAUUUUUUUAAAUAAUAAAAUAAAAAAAACACGUGACAUUUAACUAUAACCCCUACAAAGCAAAACAAUAACAAAACUAUUUUUUUAAAUCCAAUAAUAGAGUUUUUUUUUUUUUGUUCAUCUUAAGAUUUAGUUAAUUUUUAGUUUUAUUUUAUAAAUUUUGUUGAAAAAAAGAAAAUUGACAUUUAACUACAACAAAUGCCUUAAUUGUAAAUACUAACUAAUAAUAACAUUUAUAUGUUUAAAAAAAGAAAAUUUGAAUUUUUUUCUAAUUUGUGUUUUUUUUUCUACUUUCAAUAAUGAAAAAAAGCUUAAAAGUUAUUUUAAUUCUUUAAAAAAAAGAGACCCUCAGCCCCGGCAAUUUAUUAUUAUACAUAAACAACAAUUUAUUAGAUAAAUUUAGUAAAUGCUAAUAAACAAAACAAAAAACAAACAAUUUAAGAAAUAAAAUUAAUAAUUCAAUUAAUUUAAAACAAUA